GCGCAUGCGCUGGAGGAAAAAGCAGUGCUCUAGUCACUGUGCAGCAAGUGCUCGGCAUGUUUACUGUGACAUCCGUCAUGUGACGUGUUGGACUCUAUAAGACUAAUGUUAACGUGUUAACGGUUCGUAAAAAUGUUGAAACGGACUUCCGCCGCAUGGAGUCGUACUGAAGGGCGACAACAGUCUGCUAUGCUGUGGGUAAAAUAUUGAGUUGCAGCAAAGCUGGACUGUAACGUACCCGGAUUGUCCUGCUACACAACCAUUGCCUACAGUGGGAGGUUUGCAGGCUGCUUUACAUCGUUGCUGUUUUCUGACUGAAGAUUCUACAUGCUUGAAAGCAUCUGCUCCCAGGGUCUGACACAAUGGAUGGUGUGGACCUAAAGACACUUGCAUAUGAAUGUCAGCACUGUCGAUCUUGUCUUGGAGUUAAAACUUUUUUUUCCCCCACUUACAAGAGAGCUUCCUUCUGUCCUACCUUCCCAGUUUCUGCACUGUAUGUGUGUGAAGAGAUCAUCUAAAAGCUGUUAAAAAAAGGCAGCUGUAGAUUUGCGUUAUCAGAUAAGCACAGAUAAUUAUAAAUAAGAGAGUCUCUGUGAUGGACAUGGGAUUUUCCUUUAUGGAUUGGUUUCAAUAACUAGUAAGCCCAAAUCCUUACUGUAGGUGGUGGGAUGUCGAAAAAUCAAGACGACAAAAUGGUAAAGUUUUUGGCCCCUCCUCAGAAGGGAAAUAGCCCUAGUACUGGGUCAGACUCAAUGAUGAGUGAGGGUCGGCCAUCAGAAGUAAGGCGUAGACAUCAUACCAUGGAGCGUGACAGGUGUAACCCCGAACAUCGUUUUUUGCGGCGUAGUGUUAUCAGCGAUUCCAAUGCUACAGCGUUGGCACUCCCUUUACCUAGCAAGAUUCCAAUCCCUUUGCCUCCAACAUUUCUGCCCCAGGAAGCCAUUCCACAAAGGCAACAGACUGCUGCUGCUCACUUGCAACAUACUGAUGCAAGUUUAAUUGAAAAUGAGAUAUCUGCUGUUCAUGAAAAGGGACAGGUAGAAAGAAAAGAAGGAGAAGCAGUCGAGGAGGAUGUUGUGCCUUUUAAACAGGAGCCUGCCACUGUACAGGAUAUCUGCGAUGGCGAAGUGGUAGUCGCAUCACACUCUGUGCCGGAACUAGGAAGUGCAUUGCCAAGUCAAACACAAGAUAUAUCUGAAGUUAAGGUACAGCUUUUGGAAGGAGAAGAAGAGGAUAAGGAAUCUGUCAAGGCCCGAAUAGAAGCAGAGCAGAGAGAAGCAGAGAAAAAAGUGGAGGAUGAUACAGAAGAGGCAGAGACCAAAGCAGUAGGAACAUCACCAGAUGGACGUUUUCUUAAGUUUGAUAUCGAAAUUGGACGUGGCUCCUUCAAGACUGUCUACAAGGGCCUGGAUACAGAGACCACAGUGGAGGUGGCCUGGUGUGAACUGCAGGAUCGUAAGCUGUCAAAGACAGAGAGGCAGCGAUUCAAAGAGGAAGCAGGGAUGUUGAAGGGACUGCAGCAUCCCAACAUUGUUCGCUUUUAUGACUCCUGGGAGGGACCCUCCAAAGGCAGGAAGUGCAUUGUUCUGGUCACUGAGCUCAUGACUUCUGGCACACUGAAAACAUACCUGAAGCGUUUCAAAGUGAUGAAAAUAAAAGUGUUGAGAAGCUGGUGUAAACAGAUCCUCAAGGGGCUUCACUUCCUUCAUACUCGUGCUCCCCCCAUCAUCCACAGAGACCUCAAGUGUGACAACAUUUUCAUCACAGGCCCAACAGGAUCAGUAAAGAUCGGAGACUUAGGACUAGCCACACUCAAGCGAGCAUCCUUUGCCAAGAGUGUUAUAGGUACCCCAGAGUUCAUGGCGCCUGAGAUGUAUGAGGAGAAGUACGACGAGUCAGUGGAUGUGUAUGCCUUUGGAAUGUGCAUGCUGGAGAUGGCCACCUCAGAGUACCCAUACUCAGAGUGCCAGAAUGCUGCACAGAUCUACCGCAGAGUUACCAGCGGAGUGAAGCCGGGCAGCUUGGACAAGGUGGCUUUCCCUGAAGUGAAGGAGAUCAUCGAGGGAUGCAUUCGCCAGAACAAAGACGAGAGGUACUCGAUCAAGGACCUUCUGAACCACGUGUUCUUCCAGGAGGACACCGGUGUGCGUGUGGAACUGGCAGAGGAAGAUGAUGGAGAGAUGGAGGCUAUAAAGUUGUGGCUGAGAAUCGAGGAUAUUAAGAAACUCAAGGGGAAGUACAAAGACAAUGAAGCUAUUGAGUUUUCCUUUGAUCUGAACAAGGAUGUUCCUGAAGACGUCGCCCAGGAAAUGGUUGAGUCUGGUUAUGUGUGUGAAGGUGACCACAAGACCAUUGCGAAGGCUAUUAGGGACAGGGUGUCUUUGAUCAGUCGCAAGAGAGCACAGUGGCAGCAGGUCCGAGAAGAUCAAAACAAGAAGUUUGACGACGAGACGCAGAGCCAGGUCAUGUCAGCACAGCAACCAGGACAACAGUCUGGUACCGACUUGUCCCAACCAGUGGCUCCGUCGACAUCUUAUGUCCCUCCGCAACAAAUCCAACACAGCUCACAGAUCUCUGCACAACCUGUAUGUCACCAGAGUCUACAGCAUUCUGGCUACAGCGCGCCUCAGUCAACCCCGCUCACUGCUAUGUCACAGGGGGUCCCUUAUGUUCCUCAGUCAAAUGUACAAGUUCAGGGACAAAGUGUGGCCAACCUUCAGCCCGAGUCAGAGGAGCCGGAGGCUGAACAACACCAACAGUUACCACACACUGGAGCUGCUCACAUUGCAGACAGGUUACCUACUUCUUCUAUUGUCACAGAGGCCCAGCCUCCUCAGCCUGGAUUGUCCUACAGCUCUCCUCCUAUUCAGCACCUUCAGCCCCAGCUGUCGUGCUCACAGACCCAAUCUGAACAAAUGCAGCAGCAGCAGUUGUCAGUGGUUCAGCCCCAGGUGCAGGGUGUCCAGUCAGAAGGUCUAUCAGUUACUACAAGCCAGGCUGUUCCUGUACCACCUGCUCAGUAUGGAUCUUACUACCAACCAUCGAUCUCCUCUCAGAUUCCCAACCAACAAGUAACAAUACCACCAAUAUCACAGCCAACUGCCCCACAGCAGCAACAACAACAGUGGGCAUCUGGUCAUCAGCUACAGGGUCCUGCGAGUGUUCCUCAGGCAACACCAGCAGAGCAGCCAGUAGGGUGUCCUCUGUUGCCACCAUCUGUAGAAAGCUGCCUGUCAGAUGCAGCUUCUGGUCUCAGUGAUGGCAACGACGGUACUUCAACAUCUGGAGGUCAACACGAGGGGCGCUCGCUGAAGCGACACCAGAGACGCUCUGUACGCAGUCGCUCUCGUCACGAGAAGACAGCAAAGGCCAAGCUGAACGUUAUCAGUAUCUCUAAUGUGGGUGACAGAGUAGCAGAGUGUCAACUGGAAACUCACAACAGGAAGAUGGUGACGUUCAGAUUUGACCUUGAUGGUGACAAUCCGGAGGAAAUUGCACAGAUCAUGGUUGAGAGUGAGUUCAUCUUAGAAUGUGAACGGGACUCAUUCAUUGAGCAGGUCCGGGAAGUCAUAGAAAUGGCCGAUGAGAAAGGAGAGGGGAUAAAGGAGAACUUUCCUCAGAUGAGUGACCAACAACCGCCUGAGCUGUCUCUCCCGAUGCUGCCAGGCAAGCUUGAUUUAAAAUGUUUGGAGUUAAUACUAGUUGUAAAAUCCUUCUGCCUCUUAUGUUUUUUUUUUCUUAUAUUUCGGUCAGGGAUUUCUCCCAGUACUACAGCACAGGUAGUGGAUUCAGCAGCACCGAAGUCUCGUCUCAGAGACCAGUUCUUUGGAGCUCCCUCUGCUAAUACAUCCUUUGGAGAUGAACCUGCCCCCGCUCCAUCUGUCAACCUGGCCUUGUCUCUGUCUGCCCCCGCCGGGACCCUGCAGCAGGCUUUCAGCAACAUCAAGCAGGCACAAGUAGAGAACGUUAGCACACUUGACCCGCCUGAUACUAAGCAGGACCAAGGCGCUGUGGCUUCCACCAUGGCUGCACAUAGCCAAAACUCUAACAAUAUUGUUGCUCCUGUGGAAGCUGCAGCCUCCACCACUAGCACCAGUUUCCCAGCAUCUUCUACAUCCUCAGUACCUGCCCUGAGUGGGAGGGUUUCACCUCCACCUGUACCCACCCAGGCCCAAACCUCUGCCCCUGUUAUUGUCGAUCCCAUUCUACCUCCCCAGGCUUCCCACGAAUCUCCUCCAUCCCAGGUCUCAUCAGCUUGCAGUAUCCCUCCCUUGACGUCCAGCACUUCUCCACCCUCCGGGGCUCACAUGAGUGGCGCUGCUGUCACCGUCUCUUCUGUUCCUUCAUCUGGCAGCAACGGUAGUACCGUUCCUGCCUCAGAGCAGCAGCCUUUCAGUGUUGCUGUCACAUCUUCCCAAGCUAAUUCAUCCAUCCAUGCCCCACAACAUACACAUCAAUCCUCACCACCCACCUCCUCCACUAGCCAAAGUCAGGUCCAAGUGCAGUCAUUGGAGUCAGAGGCGGCUGAUCUGCUGUCGAAGAGCGCCGGCAGAGAUGACAUCCAAGCUUUAGAUAAGAAGCUGCGCUCCCUCUUCAAAGACCAAAGUGCUGCCUCAGCAUCAAUGGAUUCCAGUCAACCCACAGGGACCACUUCACCUACCCCUGGCACUGUUUCUCCUCCACCCGGCCUCGUCAUGGUGCCUCCAACCACCCUUCCACUAACUCCUGGGGUACAGGCUGUCCUUGGCUCUACAACGACACCAGGACAAGGUCUAACCCCUUCAGGACAUAUCCACACCCCACCAACAAAGCCCAGGGCACAGACAUUACCUACUGGUUUUGAUCAAGUGGCUACACCCCCCCCUGACUCUGCUCCUCCAUUCCCUGGCCCAAAUCUGACGCAUCAGCCUUUAGAUAAUUUGGAUGCACAGCUGAGGAGAGCUCUGAGCCCAGAGACUGUCCAGACAGCUAAAGGAGAUCAGCCUCAAGGAUCGGGUUUCACAACGGGACGUUUCCAGGUUUCUGUUGCCACUGAUGAUGUGUCCAGUGGCUUUCCUGAUGGUGCCAGCAUUGUUUCUUCUUCCUCUCUCACUCCAUCCUCUACCACCUCCUCAUCCUCUUCCUCUUCCUCCUCCUCACCCUCGAGUCCAGAAAAUACUCUCCACAGAUCGUCAGCUUUGUUCAAAGGAGUUUGUGAGACUGAUGCCGUAAAAGGAGCUUCAUCUGUCCACGUUGGUACCAUCAGUCAGUCUACUACUAUUGGACGGUUUCAUGUGUCUGCGAGCAGCAAUGCUGCAGCUGAACCCACUCCAAACAGCAGCUCCAAAAUGGGCCGAUUUUUAGUUACAGUGACUCCAGCAACAGGCUCCAGUCCAUCACAUGACUCCAGCAAGCACAACGGACCUUCAUCCUCAACAUCUGACCAGCAAAAUGCGCAUGCCAGUUACAGUAGUGAUAAUGACGACUCUGAGGCAGAAGACGAGGCUUUGCAGAAAGAAAUCAGCAAUCUGAGAGAAAAGUAUGUCUUCUUUUCAAACAUGUCUCUGGGGUCACCACAAGUGUGUCAAAAUGAGGUCACAGGUCAAAAAAGUUUAGAGACCACUGAAAUAAUGAUUAUGUUUAAUAUGAAAAGAAAAGAUAAUUUCUCACUUUUUUUGUUUCUCUUUUUACAGAUCAUUCCACCGGUCAACUUGGGCCGUAAAUUUUCCGCUCCUGCUUACCUCUGUCCGACAAUCCCCGCCGCCCCCAACUCCACCACUAACAUCCACCUGAGCAGCGGCGGAAACUCCUCCACCUCUCUGGGGACUCGCCCGGCCACUCUGGGACCAGUAGGUCAGGGGUUCUGUUACACCUCUGCCCAAUACAGCGCCCCCCAAUGGGCAGGAUCCACAGGUACAUGCCAGGUCAACAUGCUCAAUCCCACACAGACAGCAACUCAGUAUCAGCCACCCACCACAGCGUCGGUGCCACUGCACCAAAGCUACCACAUUGGGGCCACACCGGCACCACAAAAGUCCGUCAGUCACGGAGGAUCCAACUUGCGACCCACGUAGCUGGGUCAGUUGCAGACAGUAAAUGUAGAACCCUGAGCUCCUUUCUGUUUAGUAGCUGGAUGCCUCGACAUUGUUUCCUUUUAUCAUUUUGUGUAUCAUUUGGGGAUCGGUCGGUGUCCUCUCAGGCAGAACAAAUCAAUUAAUGGAGGGAGAGUGCAAUACACAUCCACAGCAAAAAAAAAAAAAAAUCUGACACUCAGCCUGCCAUUAGCUGUGGAUAUUACGAGCUGUGACACACGAGUCAGUUGGGUUUUUUGGGAACACGACUGACUCGUCUCUUGAGAGUAAAUGUUGCGAUGUUCUAACUUUGAAGGGGGGGAGGCUUUGAUUAGCAUCCACGCUAAUUCAAGCUCCGGGUCUGUACCUAUUAGGUGUUUUAUGUGAAAUCGAUUCUCGUACUCGCAAAUACAUUUGUUUCAGUGCUUUUCAUAAUGUUCUCUGUGAGGCCUUUGUUUCAUGAAGGCCGACAUCUUGUGCCGCCAAGUUCCUAAAGCAGCACAAACGCAAAACUCGUAUUUCCCCAAACUGGCUGGAAAAGUAAUAGCUGAGCAUUUGUGUUUAGGGAAAUUUGGUGGUCACCAUUAGACCUCGGUGAUUAUUACACACUGGACCUUUAAAAACUGAAGUGGCAUAAAAAUAAUUCAACAACAAACAGACACACACACACACUUGAUUAGUAAGUAUAGCCUCAUUGAUUGACUUAGGAUCGCAGACAGCGUGAGGGGAGUGUAAGAAAAAUAAAGGAUGAGACUAGGACAAAAUAUUUUGAUUUGAGUUGUGGAAAAGGUUCCAACAGAGUCCGACAAAGGUUUGACAGAGGUUUAUGGAUGUUAGGGAGGAGACUGAGAAUUAUAAUUGAGGCAGAAUGAAGGGAGACGGUUGUUAGCAAGCAUGACAGAGGAGAAGGAAGGAGUAAGUAAGUUUCGCUGGAUGGGAAAGGAUGUGAAUGGAACUAUGGAUGCAUCCCAGUGGUUACCUUUGAUUUAAAAUGCAAUAAUGGCCAAAUAAAAAGUAGACGGUCCCUUGUAACUGUUGCCUUAAUCCCCACAUAUGUAAACAUAUAGAUUUUUUUUUUUUGUACAUAGAUAUUUCUACACUGACUUAUGAUUCCACAUAGAGUACAUUUAUGUCUUGUGAGAGUCUGGUGUCAUUUUGAUGAGUCUUCUCUAUUAUAAAGAUUUUUUUCAUCAUCCUGAUAUAUUUUCUCCUAUCUCCUUUGACAUGUGUGAUUGGCAUCUGCCUCCAAGAUGAUCCCCGAUAUGGUGUUGAGCACCAUUCCUAUUUUUUUGAAAAAUGAAGAGGUGACACCAUUGCUGCUGUAGAUCUUUUUUUUCUUUUUAAACUAUAUAUAAAAAAGAAUUGUUUGUUGAGGAUUCUUCUAAUACUCGAGGCAUUUACAGUUUUGGUUUAUCUACAUGAUUCGAAGGUUUUGGGUGUUGGGAGGCGUGACCUCUGCCGUCCUUUUAAAUGUUUACGUUGAUUACACCCAUGAACGAACGGAAUGCAUUAGCAGUGCAAUAGUGUCACAUCAGUGUUUUUUUUUUUUCCCCUCUCAUUACAUUUAGCUGUCACCACUCGCGUCACAAGUGUCUGGGGUUCUCUUCCUGUGGUCUGUUUUUAUAUGCGUUAUUUAAUAAGACAAACAAAUGUUCUUUAUGGACCUGUAUUCAGCCAUCAGAUUUUGAUGUUGUUUCACUGUAAUUAUUAUUAAAAGUUGUUAAACAACAUAUAGUUAAAGGAUUUUAAAAAAGAAAAAAGUGCAAUUGCGGGGUUGUUGGUAUUCUACUCACCACACAGGAGUCCAUCCUGUGCUUUAUUAAGCUCUUAUAUGCUCUGGCCACCCUGCCCUCCCCUUCCCUCCCGUCCCCCCACUCCCUCCCUCACACAGCCCCUUUCUAUUUUAUUGUAUAUAUGUGAACGUGAGGUAAGCCCUUUUACGUACCGUCGUAUCAGUGGUUAGAGUCUGCUUGUGGUGACCCACUCUACGUGCACAUGCACUCUAACUUGUACACACGAGGAACACGUUAGUGCCUUGCAUCCCUCUGACUCGUUCACUUAUGUGUCUGUGACUCUGCAGAAUGACAAAAAAAAACCCACAAGUUUCUUCUAACAUGAUUUGCACACAACCGGAGAAGAGUGCGUUCACAGCGACCGGUGUGGAAACGGUUUCUUUUGGAUGUUAACGUUUGUGUUGCUCAUGUUUCACUAGCUGUGAAUUUACCUGUUCUGCUCAAGCCUCCACACCACAGGCCGACAUCUGUCCUUUCUGAACUUACGAUAAAAAAACAUUUUCAUCGGAGCACUUGCGUAAAGGUUGUAACGCUCUCACGCUGGUUUAUCUUUUGUUUCCACCACUUCACCAGUGCCAUGCUGUCAUGUUGCGACUCCUUUUGCCCGCCUACAAAUUGGACUUGAGAGUAAAAUUUCUCUAGAGAAACUAACAAGUUACUGCAAUGCAGAAUAUGCAAUGUUCACAGAUGAGACUGGGGCGUGGGGGUGGGAGGUCAUGGAAAACUAUUGCAUGCUGUUGAGGGUUGUUACUGAUUUCAGUGUUUUUUAUAUUGGAAUAAUGGUGAAUUUCUUUUUAUUAUUAUUAUUAUUAUUUGCCCUCCUAUGAGGAUUUAUUUUAUUGCCAUUUACCAAAUUCAGAGGCACUUGAGUUUGAGUCGUGGGCAUGGCGUCUGCAUGCUGGCUUCACUGGUGUUUAAACUGGCUGCUGUACAGCACAAUCUUACAACAGAAGCUAAUAUUCCUGCUCUACCAUGUGAUGUUAAAUGAUUAUCAAAACUCCACAUCCAACUGUGAGGCCAACGUGCAGUAGUGUUUGUUUAACUUUUAUUUCUGGUUCCUCCCUACAGAAUUCAUGUGACUCUUGUAUGUUUUUUCACAUUGUACAAAAUGUAAAAACAAAUAAAAAUAUUAAAGCUCUCAA